AUGGAUAAUGAAAUCGGUUUCCUUCGAAGAAAGGGACAUAGGAUUGAUGGAAGAUUUCUCUCGAAGCUUCGUUUUGCGGACGACGUCCUGUUUUCGAGCAGUACCAGUGAAGCAGAAACGAUGCUCAACGAAAUGAACGAAGCAGAGAAAAGAAUAGGACUGCAAAUAAACAGAACGAAGACACAGUUCAUGACGAACGCCUACGGUGAGGACGGAGGAGUGCAACUUGAACGCUCCCAAAUCGUGGACACUUCGUCAUACGUAUACCUCGGGCGUUCUAUGAACAUGAAAAAGGACUUGAAGGAAGAACUGAAUAGAAGAAUAAGAGCAGCAUUGGCAGCAUUCGCCCACGUUCGCAUUCGUGGGCAGACACCGCUGCCACGUCUACGAAGCUACUUACUACCCACAGAGCCCUUGACAUAUGUCUGA